GGAUAUCCGAGUUGAAUUCGGCCCUCGAGUACAGAACGAUACUGCGGCACGGAUCGACCCUGAGAGCGCGGACUUUUCUGAGGGGGAUAUCCAGAAUGCAUUAGACGCUCGAGUACAGAACGACGCUCGAGUACAGAACGACGCUCGA